GGGACAGCGCGCAGCCUCGCGCCGCUCACCCCCGCCCGGCAGCGGCCGCGACACCCGGGGCGAGCGGGAAAGCCGCGGCGGCGGCUGGGGAAGGAUGCAGGGCAAGAAGCCGGGCGGCUCAUCGAGCGGCGGCCGGGGCGGAGAGCUGCAGGGGGACGAGGCGCAGAGGAACAAGAAGAAGAAAAAGAAGGUGUCCUGCUUUUCCAACAUCAAGAUCUUCCUGGUGUCCGAGUGCGCCCUGAUGUUGGCGCAGGGCACGGUGGGCGCCUACCUGGUGAGCGUCCUGACCACUCUGGAACGCAGGUUCAACUUGCAGAGCGCUGACGUGGGCGUGAUCGCCAGCAGCUUCGAGAUCGGAAACCUGGCGCUCAUCCUCUUCGUGAGCUACUUCGGGGCGCGCGGGCACCGGCCGCGGCUCAUCGGCUGCGGAGGCAUCGUGAUGGCGCUGGGCGCGCUGCUGUCCGCGCUGCCCGAGUUCCUCACGCACCAGUACAAGUACGAGGCCGGAGAGAUCCGCUGGGGCGCAGAGGGCCGCGACGUCUGUGCAGCCAAUGGCUCCAGCGGCGACGAGGGCCCUGACCCAGACCUCAUCUGCCGCAACCGCACAGCCACCAACAUGAUGUACUUGCUGCUCAUUGGGGCCCAGGUGCUCCUGGGCAUUGGUGCUACCCCCGUGCAACCCCUGGGAGUCUCCUACAUCGACGACCACGUGCGGAGGAAGGACUCCUCUCUCUACAUAGGAAUCCUGUUCACAAUGUUGGUAUUUGGACCAGCCUGCGGAUUUAUUCUGGGCUCUUUCUGUACCAAAAUCUAUGUGGACGCAGUAUUCAUCGACACAAGUAACCUGGACAUCACCCCGGACGACCCCCGCUGGAUCGGAGCCUGGUGGGGCGGCUUUCUGCUCUGUGGUGCCUUACUAUUCUUCUCUUCCCUCUUGAUGUUCGGGUUCCCACAGUCUCUGCCUCCACACUCGGACCCCGCCAUGGAGAGCGAGCAGGCCAUGCUCCCCGAAAGAGAAUACGAGAGGCCCAAGCCCAGCAAUGGGGUCCUGCGGCACCCCCUGGAGCCGGACAGCAGUGCCUCCUGCUUCCAGCAGCUAAGAGUGAUCCCGAAAGUCACCAAGCACCUGCUCUCCAACCCCGUGUUCACCUGCAUCAUCCUGGCUGCCUGCAUGGAGAUUGCUGUGGUAGCCGGCUUCGCCGCCUUCCUGGGGAAGUACUUGGAACAGCAGUUCAACCUCACCACCUCUUCCGCCAACCAGCUGCUUGGGAUGACGGCCAUCCCGUGUGCCUGCCUGGGCAUCUUCCUGGGAGGCCUCCUGGUAAAGAAGCUCAGCCUGUCCGCCCUGGGUGCCAUUCGGAUGGCCAUGCUUGUCAACCUGGUGUCUACCGCCUGCUACGUCUCCUUCCUCUUCCUGGGCUGCGACACGGGCCCUGUGGCUGGGGUUACUGUUCCCUAUGGAAACAACUCAGCGCGUGGCUUGGCCCUGAACCCUCACUCAUCCUGCAAUAAGAACUGCAAAUGCCAAACUGACUCGUUCACUCCUGUGUGUGGGGCUGACGGUGUCACCUACUUGUCUGCCUGCUUCGCGGGCUGCAACAGCACGAACCUUACGGGCUGUGCCUGCCUCACCACUGUCCCCCCUGAGAAUGCCACUGCGGUUCCUGGCAAGUGCCCCAGUCCUGGGUGCCAAGAGGCCUUCCUCACCUUCCUCUGUGUCGUGUGCGUCUGCAGCAUGAUUGGCGCCAUGGCCCAGACGCCCUCUGUUAUCAUCCUCAUCAGGACAGUCAGCCCUGAACUCAAGUCUUAUGCCCUCGGAGUUCUUUUUCUCCUCCUUCGUUUGUUGGGCUUCAUCCCCCCACCUCUCAUCUUCGGGGCCGGCAUCGACUCCACCUGCCUCUUCUGGAGCACGUUCUGUGGCGAGCAGGGUGCGUGCGCCCUCUACGACAACGUGGUCUACAGGUACCUGUACGUGAGCAUCGCCAUCGCGCUCAAGUCCUUCGCCUUCCUUCUCUACACCACCACGUGGCAGUGCCUGAGGAAGAACUAUAAGCGCUACAUCAAAAACCACGAGGGCGGGCUGAGCACCAGUGAGUUCUUUGCUUCUACUUUGACCCUAGACAAUCUGGGGAGGGACCCCGUGCCCACACACCAGACAUAUAGGACAAAGUUUAUCUACAACCUGGAAGAUCAUGAGUGGUGUGAAAACAUGGAAUCCGUUUUAUAGUGACACAAGGAGGGCUGAACUCUGUAUUAGUACUCAAAGGGGCAUUUUCUUAAAAAAAGAAAAGAAAAAAAAAAAAGGUCUCCCAAAAUCAUCCAACACACACACACACACACACACACACACACACACACACACACACAAACUUUGGUCUUUUUGCUCAAAAUCAGAACCAGACAUGAUUCAGAAUAAGCAUGGGAUGGUCCUGGAGGGCACUCGCACUGCAGGGGCUCAGCGUUGGCUUUGAAGGCACCUCGUGGUCCUUGGGAUGCUGACAGCUGCAAGCAACAGGCACUAACAGACUCAGGGCACAUCAAUGGGCAGCUUGGAGGAUGGACACUUCUGGAUACAGAGAGAGAGAGAGAGAGAGAGAGAGAGAGAGAGAGAGAGACAGACAGACAGACACUGGCAGAACCAAAAGUCUAAUAGAAUCACACAAGGUCAAAUUGAAAACAUUGAGAUUCAGCCCUAGCCACAGAGCCCUGUGCUGCCCUCUCCCUCCACAUGUGGGUGGGCUGCCCAAGAGUCGAGGGCCGGAUGCCCUGCUCCUCUACGUUUCCCAUUAUGGGUCACUGUGUAGACAGCUCACCCAGUCUGCAUGUGAUUGGAGGCCUUAGUGCGCUCUCAACGAUGCUAAUGGGUGACCCUGGCUGGAGUCCGUACUUGAUACCUGUCACCAGCGCCAUUUCCACGUGCAAGACUGGAGGCCCGUGGGGGAGACAGCACCUCCCCUCCCUUGGCGGCACCCUGCAGUGGCAAACGCCACCUCCCCCAACCCCACAGAGCGACCUCAGGAAGCUGUGGACCUCGCCUGGCUAUGACUGACCUGCUCAGAGCUGGUGAGCCCCAAGUCCAAGUCAGUUGCUUACAUUUGCCAAACACAUUGCCAUUUUUUCAAAAUCCAAUGCAUAUGGAUUUCCAAAUGUUGUAUGUAUAUUCCUCUAAUUCCUAUUUUUAACUACUACUAAAAUCUGUGUUAACCCUUCAGUCACUAACACAGUUCUGUAGACCAGAUUGAUGAUGCUGGUUGCUUUUACUUCUGUCCCUUUUUUUAAUGCACCAAAAAUAUAAUGGGAUCCAAGGGAUGCAAUUAAUCGAUUGUCAUUUUUAAUCAUUCAAUCCUCAUUUGGAUAUUCUGCAAUAACAGUAUACAAUGUGUUUCAAGAAGAAAGGAAACGCUGCACAAAGAGAGUGGAUAUGCAGCCUGCCUUUAAAAGAAUCACAUUUGAAACAACAGGGGAUAAUGUGAUGAAUUGCAAAUUUGCCUUCUGGCUUUAUUCCCCCUGAUUCAGUGAUCACUGUCACGGGAAGCCCUUUUAUAUUCAUGCUUCACAUUCCAAGAGGCGUUCUUUUCUGCCUGUGGAGGAGAUGUGCUUAGAUGUGUGUAUGGGCGCGGCGUUACUGCCGGGAUGAGAAAGAGAGCGAGCGGGCUAGUGCAAGCUGUUGAGCAGGCUGCGAUAAGGAAGAGGCUCACCAGCUCAGAGAAGCAAUCGCAUCCGAGCACUUGAAAAUGUCAGUAAUGGUUCCAGGGUCAGCCUCAAACCAAAGGGCUGUGUGUGUGUGUUUUGAAAAGGGGAUAAAUCACAGAAGGACCCUGUAAUUACUUGAGACAAAAAUCCUGUCUGAAACCAGCACACUAAACCUCUCUGGCCAUUUUCAUAAGGGACAGAGAACAAGUGAGUACACACACACACACACACACACACGAAGGGCACCACUCGCUCGCACUCACUUUGCCUUCCUUUGUUGACACCGUGAGCCUGGUUGUUGGAGACACCACAAGGACGGCUGGUUUGCUUGCCACUGCAGUUUGCACAGAGGAUAACGUAAGAAUCAAGGAAGAAAAUGCAGGGAAGAAUGGCAGUAUGCCAAAUUCUUAACAAACACUGUGCUUGAGAAGGUCUGAGUGACAGCCCAUAAGUACAGAAAGCACCAAGCAAGGAUGGCUGGGGGCCGGGGCGGGGCCACCAUGUCCAGGCACGAUGCUCCUCACAGACACUCGUGACCACGGCCUGCUGCUCAGUGCCUCAGCUAGUACAACAGAAGGACAGUCCUCAAUCAGCUCAUAAAAUAUGGAUACUUUGUUGCUCCUAAGGCUUUGAUCAUUUUCUAUACAGGUUUUGGUUUGGUUUUAGUUGGAAAAUGCACUGCGAGUGAGUUACUGCCCUCUCCUGUACCACUGGGUACAACUCCAAACUCAGUACGCAGACGCAGAGGCCCUAGGACCUAGUAUUUGUUUCGUGGCACUAUUUGCUUUUAUUAAAAAAGAUUUUUUUAUCACUUUG